CACCACCGCACCUAGCGAUACAACGCAUCAACGACGGGGGGGAGCCAGAGAAUCGCCUCCAUUAUAGGCUGCUUCUCUUCUUCCUGUUUUCUUCCUCUCCUUCUUUUUCUCUCCCUCCCUCUACCCGCUGCUGCUUAUCAUGAACCGCCUUGAACCACCUUGCUAUAAGCAUUGCCAGAGCCGCCCCUCCACUAGAUGAUCGGCGCGCGCCAGCAGUGAAGCCGCCAUGGCAAAUGACGAUGCCCAACCCGACGUGCUGUGUAGCACCGAAGCUACGCCCAUCGCCAAGCUCAGCCCGGCCAUACUCGACGCAGAAACCCUCGUUGUCGAAGGCGUUAUCACCGUGACAUGGCCAUACAGUGCUGUGACAAAGUCCAUUGCCUUUAUCCUCGCCGAACGCGAUCCCCUGCAUCGACGCGACAAGGGCCAGCUCCGAGUCGAGUUCCAUGGCGCCGCGGCUAAGGCUCUUGCAGACGCACAUUUGGGAGGCGGCGAUGAGGUGCGGCUAAGCUUGGGCGGCGUGCAGUGGGAGGAGAACCAGGCGUGGUCGAAACGUCCGGGCACACUUGAGUGGCAGAUGAAGUUUACGAAUCGCCUGCUGCUGAUGAUCCGCAGGGCCGAGAGCCACGGGGUAGACAUAAUCAGCGUGGAUGCUGCAGAUGAUGAGGGAGACCAGGAACCGACGGAGCAGCACCAGACGAUUAGUCCCUCGCCGUCGAUCGAAAUCGAGCAGACGCAUUUUGCGAAUCCCGUGUCACGAACACCACUUUCCGUCGUCCCCUCAAAGAGAUAUGCCUAUGAGGCUCUGGGGCCUGGGGAGUAUACCUCUCCGGCAUUUAUCAAGAGAGCAAGAGUAUCGUACGGCUCGCUUUUUGAAGGGGGCUUUGAUAUCUUUGACGAAGAAGAGCCUCCAAGGAGCGCCAAGAAGAAGAAAAGAAGGUCUCUAUUCAGCAUGAACCCGACCUCGUGGAGAUAUGCCAGUCGGUCACCUUCUCUCGAAGCGGAAGAGCAGCCUACCGAAGAUGAAGAACAGGAUGAGCCCACGCUCGCGAAUUCGGAGACUGUUAUUACGGAAGACCAUGAAGGAGCCAAAGAAACCGGGAUGGGCAGUGAGGUACCAGCUGCCCAGCCGAAGCCAGUAAUGGUAGAUCAUGGAUGCCAAACUAGAGAGAUGAGCUCCAGCCCAGUCAGCGGUGUUCAAAUCAUUGCCGAAUCCAAAUCAACGGGAAUCUUACUACAGCCUACGCCAACCAAUCCAUGGAAACAUCCGGACAUCGGCCACGUGCUCCAAGAGCCAUCGCCGCUCUCGUUUGAGUAUGCAACUACUCAUGAUGCACGCGCCCGAAUUCAUGGAUCAGAGCCUAUCUGCCAGCCGGAAAUACAUGCGCGGCAAAGUGGAUUUGACUUGUCUAUGAGUAUAGACCCAAGUCUACAAUCGCAUGAAGCAGAUGCUCAUCACCAACAUCACCAUUCGUACGAUAUGAUGGCGGCUGAGAUGCAACCGCCCCCACCGCAAGAACAUGAGAUCCACAAUCCCCAGGCACAAGAUGAGCUCGCUUGGGUAGCCGAUACAUUGGCGCCAACGUACCCUACGAUGCCUACACAUGAUUUGCAUGAUUUCCCACAGGGAAGCUUCGAUCGAUCAUCUUAUACAUUAAGAGCUAGCCCUUCUGACGAAACGCAUACAUUAGUAUCUGCGGCAUACCACGGUGCGGAAAUUCAUGGAUAUGUUCAAGUUAGUGAGGCACAAAGCAUGUUAUCAUCAUCCUUUGCGCAAAGGAGUGAGGUAAAGCCUAGUAAAAGCUAUCCUGAACACCGUGAAGAGGAUACCGAGACUGCUACAGUGACCGCUACUCUAGGCAGAGAAGGCAGGUCAAGCCCUCUGCAAGAAGAUUCUAGCACAGAUGAAUCACAAGAAGAAGAAGAAGAAAAUCAGCGCGGAUACUACGACUGGAAUAGGCAAGAGGGUGACCCCGAUGAUGAGGAACAGUAUGCCGAACGGUCCUUUGAUGAGGACGAAAUCGACGAGGAGGGUGACGUAACUGAAUCCGAACUUGAGGAGUCAGGGUCUGACGCGGACUACGAAUCGGGGUCUCAAUUUGAAUCUGAAUCAGAGUCUCAAGGUCAUAAUGGAGUCGCGCAACCGGCACUACAUAUUCCAAGGCCAUUUAUUCCAAUCCCGAGACCAGCCCCGGCCGCCCCUAAGGAGCCAGUUGUUAUCAGUCUUUUGUCUGAUUCUGAAGAUGACGGUGACAAGCCUCCUAUCGCUAUACAGGCUAAGAAAGAGCCAAGCGAAGAGCCUAUACAGCCCGAGGAAUAUAAGGCUAAUGAGCAGCCAAGUGAACAAGAAGACGAAGAUAUGGAUGAAGACGAGGACGAGGAUGAGGACGAGGAUGAGGAUGAGGAUGAGGAUGAGGAUGAGGAUGAGGCUGAUGAUAGAGAUACGGAUGAUUAUGUGGAGGAAGGCGUGGAUGUGGACGAAAGUAUGGAUGAAAAUAUGGACGAAGCCGAAGACGAAGACGAGUCCGAUAUUGAGGAGGCAGCCGUGAUCAAACCAGUGGCCAGCCAGUCAUCCAAGAGAUCCAGUUUGGUGAGCCAGCUUGAUGGCACUAGCGAAUUCGCUCUGCAUCAACAUGACGAGCCGAAUAGAAGCGAAAUCAGCCGCUUUGAAAUGGAUCAUCCAAACUUAAUACUAUCACCUAAAUCCGACAGACGGCAAUAUGUUAACAUAGCUGAAGCUAUAGCCGAAGCCCAGAGUACAGUACCUAUCGUUAGCUCUCCGCUCGCAGACAGAGUUUCGACACAACCUGAAUCCGUUGCCACCAACGCCGCCAACAACGAAGAGACUACUGCUGAUAUGGGGAUGCGCGGUAUCUCUAAAUCACGUUCACCAGAACCUAUCAAUGUUGAGGCACCAGCUGUUCCAGAACAGAUUGAAGAGGCGCCGAUAGCUCAGCAGCAACAAGAGGGAGAGCAAAAGCAGGAGCAGGAGCAGGAGCAGGAGCAGGAGCAGGAGCAGGAGCAGGAGCACGAACAAAAAGAGGAUGACCAAGAACAACCAGAUGCUCCCUCAUCUAGGUCCAUGGAUUCUGGAGAAGCAAUUGCUGAACCAUCCGUGCACAAUCCAGAUAUACCAGCAGACUCGGGCGAAGCGGUAGAGAUUCCGACACCACAAUCCACUGCUGCCAACGACGACCAGCUUAUGGGGGAUAUACAGCCUACUGGCUUAGAGAUCCAGCCAACCAGCCUAGAAUCGAAAACAGAAGACGAUGCUGUUGCUGAACAGGACAUAGAGAUGCAAGACGAUGUGCUGAAUCAACUGACAGAAGAAGCUGAGAAUGCCUUGGAGAAGGAGAGCGACCAGGUCGACCAGGCUACUGCAGAAAUAUUACCAAUAAUCACAGGAGAGCUUGGAGUAGUUGCACCAUCACCACCUCCGCCUACUCUGACUGCAGUGUCUCCGAUAACGCCUAUGGAUGUACCAGUUCUGGAUGAGCGAGCGGCUAUAAAACAGUCACCAACUCCACUGGGAAUUCAGCAAGACGACCACGAAGUUUACCAUGAUGUAGCCGAUACGGCUGUAACGGAUGAGGUGCCGAUAGACAUAGAUGAAUCAUUGAAGGCAGUGGACGAAGAUAUGGAUGAACCCGUGUACCACGACGUGGGUGAGGAUGUGGAGGAAGACGAGUAUGAGGAUGCAAGAGAGGAUGGAGGCGACGGCGAUGAUGAUGACUUUGCAAUCGAGCAGCAACUCAUGUCCGAAUCCCAACAUUAUUCCACUCCGCAGAAGGCACACGAUGCAGAGCGCGUUGAACCGGCUCUCUCACAGCCCCUUGAGGCAAUUGAGGAAACUCAUGAGUGCAAUCAUGCUCACCACGCUCACCAUGCUCAUCAUCACCAUGGCUAUCACACAGACCAAAGUGCGCAUGAACGGGGCUCCCGUAGGGCAGAGCCUGAGAUGCUGAUAACAUUGCAAUCUCUCCGGAGCCACUGCCGUGCUAAGAGAGUCUCCAGUGGUAGCGCCGAUAGCUUCUUAGCCGAUCCAAAUGCUGCGUUAGCUAAGGGCUCCCCUAAUAAGGCGAAUCAUUGUCUUAUUGGGGAUGAAGAAUCGCUCCCACAGCGAUCACCGCGGUCGUCGCCACGGAGUAAGGCCGAGCAUUCAGAGGGUAAUACUGCGCUUGCGAAGUCAUCACCCCAGGAGUUCAAGUUACCGAAGGAAGCCGGUACGCCGACAUCGCUGCGUGCAAGGCGCGGUGCUAAGGGACCGGCUGAUGCCAGCAUUCUAUUGGCACAAGCUCUUUCAGAGCCAUCAGAACGCAGUCCUCAACGGUUAGGCAGCCCAACAGAAUCGCUGCGUGCUAGUCGUCACAAGUCUGAUCAGCCGGAUCCGAGCUCGCAGUUAGCAGCCGAAUCCAGCAAGAGCUCUCAACAGCAGCUUGAGGAAGAGAGUCCGCAAGAUACAGCUCGUGAGACAUCAGCAAAUCCUCGCCGAGACGUUACCCCAGAGUCAACGGCCACAGGACACAAUCUGAGAUCGCCCCGCAAACCCGCUGCCGGCAGGCCUCCUUCUACUGCUAGCUCCGUGGCUGAGGAUGUGAGCAUCACAUCUCUGAAGUUCCAACUAUUGAAGAGCCUGAGAACAAGCCUGCCGGACUAUCUACCACUCAAAUCCCUGCGUGCCUCGUUAAAUAAAACGGCUGAUAUUUUAGCCGUUGUCACUGCCACUCCACGCGAACCACACCGACCAAGAUCGGGGCCCCGAGACUACAUGCUCGAAUUGAAUCUGACCGACUCCUCAGUAGCACCAACAAACGUCAUCAUCGCGCACAUCUUCCGGCCACACAAGUUUUCUCUACCUGCAGUCCAAGUCGGUGACAUCGUGCUGCUGCGUCGCGUCCAGGUGGUGUCAAUGCAAGGCAGGGGAUUCGGCGUCCGGGCCGGGGAUGCCUCGGCAUGGGCAGUCUACGAAAAAGACAAGGAGGAGAUGCUACCGCAGAUUAAAGGUCCGCCAGUAGAAAUCACCAACGAAGAGGUUGAGUAUGUGCAAGGGCUGAAGAGGUGGUGGAGUCUCCAGGAUGAUAAGUCACUAGCGAAGAUUGAUAAGGCGAAUCAGCGAAUGUCACAAGCUGGCAAGGAUGAUACAAAAUGAACUACCAGCAUCAGUAGCAGAUGAUGAUCAUGAAAGCGAUCUCGGGGAUGGGGAUGCAAAGUCGGGAGAAACAGCUGAUGAUGGUGAAAGCGACCUCGGGAAUGCAGACUCGGGAGAAAUAGGGAAAGAAUGAAGGCGGUUCGCUAAUACGAGGCGAUUAAGAUGGAUGACAAUUGGAAACAUGUUAACGUGGCUGACAAGCUCUUCCUUUCUUUUUACAUUUUACUAUUUGUUAUAAGAAAUCUUAGAUAUGGGCGGAGAGAGAGGGCGGCUAACGAUUCAACGAAUUACUAUACACCAUAUGUAUCAUUAAUAGGAGAGAAGACAGGAUAGCUACGGCAUAGGACUUGAGAUUUUAGUGGCAUCAAGCCAUAGCUAAUGCAUCACCUU